GCCGCCCGGCUCUUGCGGUCGCCCCUCGGGCUCCAGCCCCUCUUUUCUCCUCAGUUAAACCUGUGAGGGGAUGCUCGGGGAGAACCGGUGCUCUGGCGGCGGUGCCGGUCGGCUCCCACCGAGCCUCCCUCAGGUGCCGCCUCAGCCGCUGUGUCCCGUUCCUCACCCCUGCCCGGCCCGGCCAGGCACUGGCCGCGCUUAAAAAUAUGUAUAUGCGUAUAUAAUAUCUCUGAUUCUUCUUCCUUGCUUACCUGCCAUUGCAGUCACUCUGCCUUACACUUGCGCCCAGGUCUCUGAGGCUUCCUGUGGGCGGGCAGAAGUGCCCUGGCCAAAACAAGUUCAAAUAACUUUGUUCCCUGACCUCCGCUUUUCCUUAGCUGUUCUGCUUUCCUGUAUUCACUUUUCCUGUAUUCAUUCCUCGUUUUCAGGUGCCCCCUGUCCCCAGGUGUGGCAAAGGCAUCCAGCAAUGAGCAAGUGUGUGAAGUUUGCUGCUGUGUCUCCAAGUGUGUGGCAGGAGUUUUCAGUUCCUCGUUCCUUCUGAGUUCUAAGUUUCCACACCACGGGAAGCUACUUUGCUAAGGACCAGCUCACAUUGACCUAUCAUGGCAUCCAACAAAUUUGUCAUUAAGUGUGGGAACUUUGCUGUCUUGGUGGAUGUUCAUAUUUUGCCUCAAGGCUCCAGUAAAGACACCAGCUGGUUUUCAGAUCAUGAGAAAGAGGAGGUCUGCAAGCUGCUAGAAGAAGUUGUUGCUUCAAGGGUCAAACACUACUUGGAGGCACAUAAACAACGUGGUCAGUGGAAAGCCAUGGAAUAUGGAUCAUCUGGGCCUUUGUUUCUUACCGCCAACAGUUUGCACAUUACUGCCUACUUUAUGAAGAGAUGGGUUAAUCUCCGUUGUGCUCUAGGGAAACGUUAUCGUGAGCUCCGUGUGUUUCCAGAGAAAUUUAUUGUUUGUGUCAGUAAACUUGACUUUGAUCCAAGUGCUUGGACAUGUGACAAUGGUAUAUUGAAAGAAGAACUUUCCAGUGGGACGUCUGAGUAUUUUACUGAAUCUGCUGAGAACAAGAAGCUUGAGAUUAGACUGAGUGAACAAAUAAAGCAAGACAUCCUGAAAAAAAUUGUGAAGAGGACAAAACCAAGGAGAAGUAGUGCAAGCAAACCUCAAAUCAGCAAGGACUCCAAGAAAGUGUAUCUUGGCUUGGGGGACUCGCAGACAGAGAACAGAAAGAACGACUGUCAGACUUCCCUCAGUGCUUGGUCUGAUGUCAAACGUAGGAGUCCAGGCCUGCUGAAAGACUGCACAAACACAGCUGAGAGCACCUUGGAGCUUCCUGCGUUAGAGCAGAGAAAUUGUGUUAAUCAGAGACAGCCAGAUGAUGUUCGCAGCCAGCAAAAACCUCACUCUCUGGAGUGGUUGGAGACGAGUCUUCUACUCGAGAACCCUCCUUGCAGCUCUGAGUCAGCGCUGCCGGCUCCAAAACAAAGUCAGAGAGUGACCAAAACACAGGCUCAGCUAAAGACCUGUGGUUCAGAGGAAGAGUUGGAGUAUUUCACAAAAGUGUCCUCCGAAGGGACUCCUUUAACUUCUAUCAAUACAGAAAUUAGUAAAUGUGAUGAUAAUUGUUUGGGUCCGUUCCUGGAGGAGAAGACACCCCUUAAUUCCAGGCUGUUUUCAAAGCAAGACAUGACAAAGACUGUGGCUGACAAGAAAUCAUUGAGAAAAAACCCCUCCUGGUCUCUGUCGGCGAUCAGCAGUGGAGUGCAGGCAAGCCAAAAUGAGCCAAGCACAGCCACUGAAGAGUUGCCUGCAGUGCCAGCAUCGUGUCUAGAACUGCACCCUGUGUCUUCAGAGGAGCUUUCCCAAAAAAGAAAAAAAGAAGUGGAAAAUGGUCUCAGGAAGUUAAAACUGCGAAGGCUUAAAAAGUCACAAUCUGAAAUAUUACCUUGAUGGCACGGGUGGUCAGCCAAGUUUCUGCAUAAGCAAAUAGUAGGUAGCGAUUCAAAAUGAUGGAAAAUAAUAUAAAUACAAAAUCAAAAUUAGAGAACGUUAAGAAAAUUUUGUUAACUAAGGAUCUUAGUCAUUUGGAACUUUAGUAAUGAUAAUCCUUUUAAGUCUUUAGGAAUUAGACAUUAUUAUUGCACAAAUCAGCAUCAUAUUUAUAGAAAGAAAUACCUCUUAUAAAAUAAUAUUUACUAAGCAAAAUUUUAGAUUUAUGCAUAUUCACUGCUAUUAAAAAGUCCUAUCAGCUGGUGACAGCAAAAGGUAAAACCCCUUGUGUGAUCCGUUAGCAGCUGCAGUUAUUUGGUAUCUUGCUUGUUUCUGAAUAUGUAGUUUAUUUUAGUAAAAAUUAACCCUUUCUCUAUAUGAGAAAGUUUGUGGUUACUUACUUGAUCUUUACAACAAUAAAGCAAAUUGAGGUUAUUUAAAAUAAAUCUUGAACCGGGAUUAAUA